GGGGCGGAGUGAGCACGCCGAGACUCGCUGCGGCCGGCCGCGGUAAUCAGGAGUGGCGCUGAGCGGCAGCAUGGCUCCAAAACGUCCUGCAGGCGGAAGGCGGCGGGGGCGCGGCCGAGAAGCCGAGAACAACAAAGCAUCCCGGCCUGAGGAGAGCUACGCGGAUGAUUUUGAAGAUGAGAAACAGAAACCCCCAAAGAAGUGCGUUCUCUCCAAAGUUUCCCAAAGAAAAAGGAAGAGAGGCUGCAGUGAUCCAGGAGACCCCACAAAGGGUCCAUCAAAAAAGAAAGCGACCAAAGCCACUACUAAAUCUGAGAAUCUCAAGGCUCCAAAAGAGGAAGUUCUCAGCGAUGAGGACGACUUCAGGGACUCUCCAGGUGACUGUAAGAAGUCAAAGAAGCACCCAAAGAGAGAGGAUGAAGGCAGUGAUGAAGAUGAGGACAGCGAGGAUGACUGGGAGGAGGUGGAAGAACUUACUGAGCCUGUGCUGGACACUGAAGAAAAUCCCGCCACCUUACAGUCUGUCCUGCCUGUGAAGGCAGUGGAGAUAGAAAUUGAAACACCGGAGCAGGCGAAGGCACGGGAGAGAAGUGAGAAGAUGAAGAUGGAGCUGGAGACGUACCUGCGGAGGAUGAUGAAGCGCUUCAAUAAGGAAGUUCAGGAGAACAUGCACAAGGUUCACCUAUUGUGCCUGCUGGCCAGUGGCUUCUAUCGAAAUAGCAUCUGCCGCCAGCCAGAUCUGCUGGCCAUUGGCCUCUCAAUCAUCCCAACUCACUUUACCAAGGUGCCACUUCAAGACAGGGACAUCUGCUUCCUCUCAAACCUGGUGAAGUGGUUCAUUGGAACCUUCACAGUCAAUGAGGAUCUUUCGGCCAGUGAGCAGGACAGCCUGCAGACAACCUUGGAGAGGAGAAUCGCCAUUUACUCUGUGAGGGAUGAGGAGGAGUUGGUUCAUAUAUUUCUUCUGAUUCUUCGGGCUCUGCAACUGCUCACACGACUGGUGUUGUCUCUACAGCCCAUUCCACUGAAGUCAUCUGUGACAAAGGGGAAGAAAUCUUCCAAGGAGACAUCCUUAGAGAGUCCUGGAGGCUCUUCAGAACCUUCCAGUCAAGUUCUAGAAAGCCACAACAGACCCAAGACCAGCAAAAGAAUCAAACAAGAGGAAACCUUUCCUGAGGACAGUGACAAGACAAAUGCCAGAGGAAAGAGAAGCAAGGCUGUGGGCAGCAGGCAGAGGAGAAAGCCCUCCGGCAGUGAGGGAGAGGAAGCCAAGCCGAAAACCCAGAGCCGUGUACAUGCCCGGCAGCGGCGGGUGACCGCCAAGGUGUCUUACAAAGAGGAGAGUGGGAGCGAUGAGGACAGCAGUGGCUCUGAUUUUGAACUCUCCAGCGGCGAAGGCCAGCAUUCCUCUGAUGAGGAUCGAAAGCAGAAGAGGACCCCAGUUCCUCAGAGGACAAAGGCCAGGUCCCAGAGUGCCUCCAAGCAUGACCCACCAAGUUUUCCAGCAGCAUCUUCAAGCUCUUCAGGCAGCAAGAGAGGCAAGAAGGUUUCCAGUGGUGGCGAAGAGACAGGAGAUAGGAAAGCCGCUGGUGUUGACCAGUGGCUGGAGGUGUUCUGUGAGCCACAAGCAAAGUGGGUGUGUGUGGACUGUGUGCAUGGUGUGGUGGCCCAGCCUCUGACCUGUUACAAAUAUGCCACCAAACCCAUGACCUAUGUUGUAGGCAUUGACAAUGAUGGCUGGGUCCGAGAUGUCACUCAGAGGUAUGACCCAGCCUGGAUGACUGCAACCCGCAAGUGCCGGGUUGACGCUGAGUGGUGGGCUGAGACCUUGAGACCCUAUCAGAGCCCACUUAAGGAGAGGGAGAAGAAGGAAGACCUGGAGUUUCAGGAGAAGCACCUGGACCAGCCUUUGCCCACCUCCAUCAGCACAUACAAGAACCACCCUCUCUAUGCCCUGAAGCGUCACCUCUUGAAAUUCCAGGCCAUCUACCCAGAGACAGCUGCAGUCCUUGGGUAUUGUCGGGGAGAAGCUGUCUACUCCAGGGAUUGUGUGCAUACUCUGCACUCCAGGGACACAUGGCUGAAGCAAGCAAGAGUGGUGCGACUUGGAGAAGUGCCCUACAAGAUGGUGAAAGGCUUCUCCAACCGUGCCCGGAAAGCCCGGCUUUCGGAGCCCCAGCUGCAUGACUACAAUGACUUGGCCCUCUAUGGUCACUGGCAGACAGAAGAGUAUCAGCCCCCUGUGGCUGUAGACGGGAAGGUGCCUCGGAAUGAGUUUGGGAACGUGUAUCUCUUCCUGCCCAGCAUGAUGCCUAUCGGCUGUGUCCAGAUGAACCUGCCUAACUUGCACCGUGUGGCCCGCAAGCUGGGCAUCGACUGCGUGCAGGCCAUCACUGGCUUCGAUUUCCAUGGAGGCUACUGCCAUCCAGUAACUGAGGGUUACAUUGUCUGUGAGGAAUUCAAAGACGUGCUGCAGGCUGCUUGGGAGAACGAACAGGCCAUCAUUGAAAAGAAGGAGAAGGAGAAGAAGGAGAAGCGGGCGCUGGGGAACUGGAAGCUGCUGGUCAGAGGACUGCUCAUCAGAGAGAGGCUGCAACUCCGAUACGGGGCCAAGAGCGAGGCAGUGGCUUCCCAUGCAGAUGCAGGAGGUGGACUCUCUUCUGAUGAAGAGGAAGGGACCAGCUCACAGGCAGAAGCAGCAAGAGUCCUGGCUGCCUCCUGGCCACAAAACCGAGAAGCUAAAGAAGAGCAGAAGCCUGAGUGCUCUAAGAUGACCCGGAAGAGGCGGGCGGCAGAGGCUUCCCAUCUCUUCCCAUUUGAGAAGCUGUGAAGUGCCUGUCCACCAGGCCAGGCGGCAGUUCUUGUCUGUGCAGAAGGCAGACACCUGAUGGCCUGGGAACUACAGGCCAAAUGGAAGUUAUGCUGCAGAUCUGUCUGAUGCCAGCCCAGCCAGAUCCCCAUGGGAUGGUCCUGGAAGCUGCCCAGAACCCACUCUGGGGUUUGGAACACUUUCCUGGGAGAUACUUUCUGACCCGUGGACCUUGGUAUUCCCAUCUUUGGAAAUGUGAGCUUGUUUUGGAGAGUCUUAUCUGUUGUCCCAGCUGGCUUCAAAUUCAAAAUCCCCCUGCCUUAAACCAAGGGCUGACUGAUAUAACAGGCAUAUGCAACCAUGCCUAGCCUGUUUUUUACUUCAUUUUUUAAAUAGAAACCACUGGGAAAUUCUGGGUAUUGGAGCAUUGAGGACACACACACCCUUCUUUCGUGCUGUUCACACCUGAGAUGCUUUGCUCUCCUCUCCUGCAGGUCCCGGGGCAUUUGCUUUUCAGGCCUUACUUUUCCAGUACUGCCCGGUGCUCUUUUGUCAGAGACGCAGGAUAUCUCUUGUCAAGGCACUUUUGGGAUUGAUUUUACAGUUGUAGAAGACUAAAACAAAGAGCUAAAAUCAAGAAAGAAAAGGAAAAACAAAUGGAGAAUUAUGAAAAUAGCAAAGACUAGUUAGACUACAUUUUGUUCAUUUCUGGAUACAUUUAUUCUGUACGAUACAUUUACUUAGCUGCUAUAUGCCAGCUACUCAGGAGAAAGCCCUUUUAUAAAACCUUGACAGAAAAUAAAGCAUUUACCUAAAAGCA